AUGGUUCCGCAAAUUUGCGUGAUAUCAGCGUACUCUAAGUGGAGCAACCAAAGCAAGGUUAACUAUGCCUUUGGCACCUUCGUAGAUAGUCUGAUUCGUGCUCUUCGUCGUGUAAGGGCUCCUGUUCAACGUGCUAUCGCACGCUUCUUUAUUAAGGAAGGCUAUUUUGGCACAGAAGCGUUUUCCGAAAUUUCCAUUACAAUUGAUUGUAUCCUGCACCCUCUUGCCAGUAUAUUUUUUAUUCUUGAUUCCAAAAAGGGACUUUUAGUCUUCAUUACUGUCCUUUUGGUCGCGCCCAGCAGUAUUUAUAUUUGUACUCAGUAG